GCGCGCUUCUCCGUUCCUGCACGUCAGACGUGUCGCUCAGUCAGUUCUGUGCAUUCAAACCUUCCUGAUCUCCAUCUUGAGGAGAUUCCUACUCCAUCUGUUUUCUUUUAGGAGUUUAUUGUACACAUAAUGGGAGAAAUAAGGUUGCCGAGGCACAUGUUCUUGUGGUGUCUGUCUGCUAUUUAUAUGUUUGCCUUCGCGUCUCUUUACGUACAGAUUCCAGGUCUGUACGGGAACGAGGGUGUGCUGCCGGCGCGGUGGCAGUUGCGGGUGUCUGGGAAGAGUGUUGUGGAGCAGCUGAAGGAUUCUCCCACCCUGCUGUGGUUCGGUCCUCGUCUGGGUUUGGACACGCAGCAGUGCAUGGAGCUGCUGAGUCUGACCGGAGCUCUGCUCAGCUUAAUGACUCUGGCUCUGCCGGUACUCAGAGACUGCAGAGUCUUCCUGGUGCUCUGGAUACUCUAUCUGUCCCUCUACCAGGUGGGCCAGGUCUUCUUAUACUUUCAGUGGGAUAACCUCUUGCUGGAGAUGGGCUUCUUGGCCAUUCUCAUCGCUCCCAUGAAAAUGCCCUGGUCUUCAAAGGUGCGUCUCCAUGACAGCGUGACUUUCUGGCUGGCGCGCUGGCUGUUGUUUCGGCUGAUGUUUGCGUCGGGUGUCGUUAAACUGAACAGCCGUUGUCCCACCUGGUGGGGCCUGACAGCUUUGACCUAUCACUAUGAGACCCAGUGUAUACCGACCCCGCUGGCCUGGUUUGCUCAUCAGCUGCCGGUGUGGUUCCAGAAACUCAGUGUGGUGGGAAUGUUUGUUAUCGAGAUCGCCGUUCCCUUCAUGUUCUUCAGCCCCAUACGAAGACACCGACUCGUCGCCUUCUACAUGCAGGUUCUGCUACAGUUGUUCAUCAUCCUGUCUGGGAAUUAUAACUUCUUUAAUAUUCUCACCAUCACCCUGUGCAUGUCGCUGCUGGAUGACCAACAUGUGAACUUCUGGCUCCGAAGAUCCACGCCAAAGACUGAGAGCACAUCAUUCCAGACUCUGUUCUCUUGGUUGGCUGUGAUGUUAGAGAUCGGCACAUGCGCUCUGCUUGGCUACUGGAGCGUCAGAUACUUUGACCUGCAGGUGGACUGGGAAAAUAAGAGCGUCUCCUCCAAAACAGGAUUUACGUAUUUUGAGUUCAACGGCUUUCUAAAGACGGUCACGGUGCCUAGUAUCUGGAUUGGCGUGCUGUCUCUCACAUGGGAGAUCAUUUCUGCCAUGUUUAAGUGUGCUUUUGUGAGAGGAGUGUUGUGGCGUCUCUGGAACACAAUCCAGUGGGCGGUUAUGGCUGCGGCUACAGUCUCCAUGUUUGCCGUCAGUCUGGUUCCCUACACCUACAUUGAGUAUGAUGCACACAGUAACCUCUGGCCUGGGAUCCGGACAGCGUUUGAGGUGACCGAACGUUACCAGCUAGUCAACUCGUAUGGAUUAUUCCGGAGAAUGACCGGGGUUGGAGGCCGUCCAGAAGUGGUCAUUGAAGGCAGUAUGGAUCGCAACACAUGGACGGAGAUCGAGUUCAUGUAUAAGCCGGGGAACAUGAGUGCAGCUCCCCCUGUGGUGACUCCGCACCAGCCCAGGCUGGACUGGCAGAUGUGGUUUGCUGCUUUGGGGCCGCACGCACAGAGCCCCUGGUUCAGCAGCCUCCUUCACAGCCUCCUGCAGGGCAAACGAGACGUGAUCAGACUCAUUCAGACAGAUGAGUCUCAGUAUCCGUUCAGCAAACAGCCUCCUGCAUACCUCCGAGCUCACCGCUACAAAUACUGGUUCAGUGAGCCCAAAGAGGACGGGUCAUAUCCUCAGCGAUGGUGGAGACGGGUGUACGUGGAAGAGUUCUAUCCCAUGGUGCACCUCGGUGACUCUUACCUUGAACAGAUGUUGGUUCAACAUGGUUUAAAGGAGAAAGCUCCUCCGAGGCGCAGCUCGAAUGCUUGGCUGCCGCAGUUAUUGCAUCAUGUUGGUGAGCAUGCCCGUGAGAUGCCGACUCCUCUUCUGCUCUGGACUCUCUUCAGCUCGGCAGCGACCGUGUGUCUCCUCAACUCUCUGCGAUCACGUGCACGUCAUCACCAGCACGAAUCGCUCCAGAACAAACACGCAGAUAAACAGGUCACAGGAUGGACGCACUCCAAUGUGGCACAAGAGGAUGCGAAGAAACAGGAGGAGGAGAAGGAUGAUGCAGAGGAAGAUAGAAAAGAGCAGGAAGAAGAUGCAACAAGUGAGGAAGAACAGGAAGGAGAUAUUGAAGAGGAAGUGAACACAGAGGAAACGGAUGUGGACAGCCUCAGGAAAAGGAAGUGAGGUUUUUUCAAAUAAUCGUCUGUGGCUUUAAAUGAAAUUCUGGACUCUAAUACCAGCUCAGGGUAAUGACAUCUACCACAAAACAUCAGCACUUACACCCUCGUUGUGUCAAAACAUUGACUCUUCUCUGUUUUCACAGGCAGUUUUGAGAGAUGUAGGCAGUGUAGUGACGCAUUCAUGUUUCCCAGUAGUGUCCUGGAUGUACCCGCCAGUUUAAUUCAACUAAAAUGGGUUGAAGGGCCACACUGCAAAACUUUUGUCGUAUGGAUUGCUCUGACAGGUAAAUAAAGUAGGUUAUUGUUUUUCCCAGUAUGCACUUAACUGCUUGCACCCUACAUAUAUAAAAACAGCAGGAUGUCUUCCACCAUGAGACCUAAAAAUAACUGUAAGAAACUACAUUUAAAUGCACAUACUGGACCUCAUUAAACAGAAGAGGGAAAUUUAUGUUUUUAAAAUCAUCCUUACAUAAAUUACACUUUGAAUGCAACAGAAUGCCAAAAACAGCACUUUUAUGAACAAUUUAGACAGACAUUAUUUUGUUCAGCUUGUGUUUUAUGAAUGAAGCCCAGUAUGUGCUGUGCCUUACGGUACACCAAGAGCAUCACAGAAAUCUAGAUAUCAGAAAAUAUGACUUUCACUUCGACUGUCAUCUUGUACAGGUGGUGUUAUAUGUCAUGAAAUUGUUUAUCGGACUGUAACUGGUUAUGGUCUGUGAUAUUUGUGUAUUGUAUUGUAUUGUAUUGUAAUAACAUAUUUGACCACUGUGGUGUAGUAUUGCAUGUGUAUUGUGUUAAUAUGAGUGAAGAUGUGCAAAAAAACAACACUCGGCUUUAAUGUUUUGUAACAUUUUUAAUAAACGUAGAAAAAUAUACAGUGACACAAGCACCAUUAUUUCCAAAGAAAUGUUAAUUUGAAACAAUUUAAAGUAAAAUUAAUUUUAUCUUAAAUUACAUACGAAUACAUAAG